UCUCUCUCUCUCUCUCUCUCACUCUCUGUCUCUCUUUGACUGGUACUCUCUCUCCUCUUUUCUCUCACAGCCUCUCAUCACAUUCAGCCGCUCUCAGGCUGAGAGGAGGAGGAGGAGGAGAGGAUCAGGCAGGAGAAAACAGUAGUAAAAUAGAGCAGAAUAGAUUCGAUGUGUGGAAUCUUUUCUCUGCUCGUUUCUCUCUUGGAUUAUUUGCAACUUCGUUGGGUUUGUUGGAUGGCGUCACGUUUUCUCUUUCUUCAACUAGUUCCGCGUCUCCGCUGCUGCAGAUUCUCCGACGACCUGACGACGUCUCUGAAAGUUGUUGAUGCACUGAUGUUGAAGAUGGAGUCGCUCUUUGAUUCAUCCCCAACGCUUCAUUCCUCAGUCCAUGGACGCAUCAUUGGAGCGUAGAUCGAGAAACUCCCAACAGCUUCUGCAGCCAUGUGCUUCCAUUGGAGAGGCUGAAAGCCUGAGUGGAAACUGAUGAAUUCCUAUUCAGACGAGGAAUCAUGGCUGUUAAAACUGUCACCUUGAAGGUUUCAGUUUAUUUAACAUUUCUAUUUAUUUAGUGUUGAUUUUUAAUUUUUUUCACAGCUGCAGAGGCUCAAAUGUUUCGUCCCUCCGAGUGUAAUGAAAUCAGCGAAAAGUUACAACGUACAAACACAAUUUUACAGUACUUUUAUUGUAUUUAAUCACUCUUUUUCUUAAAAAAAUAUCUGAAAGAGAUUUUAAUCUUUAGUUAUUUUUUGUCGUUCAGCUGAAAACGAGAGCUACGGGAUGCCAUAGCAUAUGGCAGAUACAUAAACUGAAAAUAUCUAUAUUUAUCAAUAACAAUCCCUCAUACGUCUCAGCCUCCGAGCUCACUCAUCUGAACUCUGCUCCUCUCAACUUUCACAUUUUCAGCUGUUGGAAAAACGUCUAUGAUCAGACUAAAGGGACGUCAUUUUCCUUCAGUUUGAAGCAUCAACAGAUUCUUCAUGUGUCUCUUAAAAUCCUUGGGAAUGUGAAUCUCAGCUGCCAGCAGCUUUUUAAAGUGGAUCUGAAGUGUUAUGAAUCAGGUUUCAGUCAAGAGAGAAGAACAGACUGAUCAGACACUGGGCGGAUUCUAACGUUCAGACAUGUCUCCUGUUUCGGACUGAGAAGUCAGCGUCCUCAGACAGACAGAGCCGGAGCAGAUAUUUGUUCCUCGGUGGCUCCGUUCACCUCUCGGGGAGAUGGCGGCGGCCAUCGCCAGCUCCCUGAUCCGAGCGAAGCGUCAGGCCCGGGAGUCCAACAGUGAAAAGGUCACUACCAACAAAAGACGCACGAGUCCCACCAAAGACCCGCGGUCUCUGUGUGAGAGACACAUCUUCAGCGUCUUCAGCAAAGUUCGCUUCUGCAGCGGAAAGAAAAGACCUGUACGACGGAAACCAGAGCCGCAGCUGAAGGGCAUCGUGACGCGUCUCUUCAGUGAGCAGGGCUUCUUCCUGCAGAUGCAGCCUGAUGGAGCCAUCAGUGGAAACAAGGACGAGAACAGCGACUACACUCUGUUUAACCUGAUCCCAGUAGGUUUGAGGGUUGUGGCCAUCCAGGGAGUGAAGGCUGGACUCUACAUGGCCAUGAACGCCGAGGGAUUCCUCUAUACAUCAGAUGUGUUCACAGCAGAGUGUAAGUUUAAGGAGUCGGUGUUUGAGAAUUACUACGUCAUCUACUCGUCCACGCUGUACCGGCAGCACGAGUCGGGCCGGGCCUGGUUCCUGGGCCUCAACAAGGACGGCGUCAUCAUGAAGGGGAACCGCGUGAAGAAGACCAAACCCUGCUCACACUUCGUCCCCAGACCCAUCGAAGUGUGUAUGUAUAAGGAGCCGUCGCUGCACGAGCUUGAGGAGAAGCUACUGAAGUCGUCGCGGAGCCCGACAAUGAACAGCGAGGAGCGGAGGGGCCUGCAGGAAGCAGAGGAGCAGCAGGAGGACUGCACAGAGCAGGAUGGAUCAUAGCCUGCAGCGCCCCCUACAGGAGGAGGAGGAGGAGGAGGAGGCGAACUCCCAUUUUAACACUCCCUCUGUUCAGCAACAAAAGCAACUACAACCACACCAACGACAACAACCGCCACGACAACGACGACGGCUACAAAGAAAACAAAGAAAAAAAGAAGCUGAAAAAAAACAAAAAAAAAAACGGGAAAAAUCUUCUCGCUCAUGUUGAAAUAUUUUAAAUCUGCCGGGGGAGGGCGAGGGGGAGGGGCUGGAGGACGUUGAUGAUGAUGAUUUACAGUUUAUGCAAAAUGCCCUGCUGAUACAGCAUCCGGAGGCUGGCACACCUACUCUUCAUCGCUACGUUGUAAUCAUCAUCAUCAUCAUCAUCAUCAUCUUCAUCAUCAUCAUCAUUACUGUCAUGAUGAUGACAAAAUGUUUUCCGAGCUGAGCGAGCGCUGAGAACUCUGAAGCUUUAAGCCAUGUAGAAACUUCACUUCUUUCAUUUCUUAAUGAAUGCAAAAACUUUCGCACUUUCAACACGCCGCGCUUCUUCUUCUUCUACUUCUUCUUCCUCUUCCUCUUCCUUCCUCUUCUUCUUCUUCUCCAUGCUGUUCCGUCCAAUCAGAGAGAAGAGUGUUUUUUUGUUCUGUGCCACAUCUUUUUUGUUUCUUGGGGUCGGGAGACGAGGUUUUGUUGCAGACACUGCCGAUAAAAAGCUUCAGAAGGAAUAUUGACAGACCUCCUGGACUGUUUCCCGUCAGUCAGCUGAUCCUCUCCGUGUGUGAGUACUCUGAUCAGUGCUGCUUGUAGAAACUUCCAGAUUUCUGACAGUUUGUCUGCUUCCUACAGGAGCAUCCUUGUGUUUCUGCAGCGGCUUCAUAUUCCUGCAUGUUUAAGAAGCAUCCAUCAGUUUUUACACUCAUUGCCUUCCUUCCAGAAUUACUUUGCUUGUUCAUGUCUAUGAAAAUCCACUUCAGAGUCGUGGAGUAAGCUGCAGAGAGAAAAUUAAAGAAAAGCAGAAUGAAGUCAAAGGUUCUUCCACAAGAAAGAAAAGAAAUAUGAUUUUAUGUAAAUCUAGAACAAGUGGUGAUGAAAUCUUUAUUCAUUUUAAUAAGAUAAACUUCAUUCAUCCUGAAGGAUUGUUGUGCAGCAGUCACAAUAAAAAGUUGGAAGCAGUGCAGAUGAAAUCAGUAAGGUUGAUAAUGAAUAUUGUCUACAGGCUUUGCUCUGCACAAACCCACAACAACCUGAGAGCCAAAAGUCAGGGCACGAUUACCUGCACACACUCACUGAGGGCAAAGUGAAAACUGAAGAUGUUCCAGAUGUGCAAAUGAAUCACACUGAAACUAAAUGAUAUCCUUGAAUGCAUCAUGUUGAGUUUGAAGACACAAUUAGUUUCCCUUCAUGUGAGAAGACGAGUUGUGAAUAUUUUUAAAACCCAAAAGAAAAACAAAACAAGUAAAUAUGGACAUUCUUGAGAUUUUUUAAUCUCUCGUUUCAGAUGGUCCUUGAACGCACCAAUAAGUUUUCAAACCUUGGACAGGUUUAAUUGAAACAAAGCUGAAACAGUGACGUGAUGGAUCGUCUCUCUGGAAGGAAGUUCAGUGUGAAAAUUGAAGGUGAUAAUUAUGAAAAUGACGCUCAGGAAUGUGAAUGAAAGGCUUCCUCCUGUGUCUGUCUUCGUGCUGCGUUCAGGGUCGGAACAGAUGAGAGGAUUCACAUCGCUAAGAGAAGCUGCAGGCAGAAAUAUUGCAUGCCGUAUUUUCCUAAAGUGCACCGACUCCCACGCAGACGUUUGGGGGGUUUGAAUGAUUUAUGGAGACACUAACAGCAGCUGUGUUGUGUAACUGUGAUCCGGUCUGAACAGGACUGAAGCCACUCUGUUACCUGCACUGUCCACUUCAAACUCAGUGUAACAUAUGAUAUGAUAUGAUAUUUGAUAUGAGGAGUCUGCUGAGGACAUUCAUAUUGACAAAUAACACAGCAUGUAUCGAUGCCGAAAACAUGUACACGGCGUGCGUUUCUGAACACGAUUGUAAGUUUUUGUUUUUUUUCCUCGGCAGACUGAUGUUGUGACACGCUGAGAAAAAAUGGGCUGCGGUGAUUUUUAUUAUUUAUCUUUUAUGUGUCAAAAUACAAGCAGGCGA